UGAUAAACACGAAUGCACGAACAAUCAUACAUUUCGCAUGCGCAGUAACCCCCCAGCUGUUAUUUUCAUGCGCCAUCUUUUCUAGCGAAUGCGGUGAAAAAUUCUCGAUCUUCUGAUGUUUAAAUGUCCAGAAUCCGAUUUUCCCGUAGGGAAAUACAUCGAUCUUUCUUUGAAUGACAUAUUGAGAGAUGUCGGGUCCAGAGUUGCAAGACUUGUGUAGAUUAUGUGGGGUUUUGAGGCGGUCGGAAUCACAUCGAAAUCCUACACGGAAGGAGGAUGUUUCGAAAAUUAUUCGAGCUGGCCUGAACAUCAACGUAGAAGAAGAUGUCACUGGGAAUCAUCCACCCUACAUUUGCAGACCGUGCAAGAUGAAGUUGCGGAGAUGGUGGGAUGCAACAAAGAAAAAGAAGAAGGCCUCCCUCAACAUCCAAGUUUCUAAUUUUCCAAGGGGUGAAGGGAUCUCUUCAAAAUCGACCACGGCCACGUUGGCGAAAGUUGAAUGGGAGGAAGCAGCUCGAAGUGCAGGCCUCAACACAUGGUUGACAGAUAGCCGUCUUCAAGUCAUGAAGAUGGAUGGUGAGGGUAUGCCCUCUGUGUUUUUUACAGUAUUUGAUGACUGUACGUGGCGUUUGAUUGUAGCCGGUAUUGUUGCACAAGGGGACCUUCCCGUCUGUUGUGGACACCCAAGGGUUCUGAGUGUGGAAGAUUUCCAGGAUAUGCUGCGGAAGUUGUCUUCACUAUUUGUUUGUGAGGGAAACAAAGAUCUUCAUGGCGUUGUGGAGGCAAGGAAGGGGGCAGAAGGUCAGAUGCCAAUCAGGAUUACAGCCAAUGACAUCUACUGUCAGGGGACAAUUAGACACAUCAAAUGUCUCCUUCUUAGUAAUAGGCCCCGGUGUGAUGUGUGCCGGAUUCAUCGGAGUGACUUGAUGGUCCUUGCAAGUCGGGAGAAAGGAAAGUUGUUCAAGGAUGUGUCCGUCGAUUCCACAAUUCCAAACAAGAACUUGACAAAUCAACAGCUUCAACAGAAAGUGUCCCUUCUGCAGACCGAAAGGAGAAACCUGAAACGACGAAGUCUAGCCUUGAAGGACAAAGUAGCCUCCAUGCUGGAAAAGGAGAAUGUGGCGGUUGAUGGAAUUCAGCAUAAGCAGUUAUCAGCGACAGUAGGUGAUUGUGAUGACGAGAUGAAGAAAAUCCUUGGGUUGAGCUCCCCAGCAAGGCUGUUAUGGGAACAGCAAAAGGAGUCGGCUCUGAAGGGCAAACAGAUGCGAUGGCAUCCUGCCAUUAUCAGAUGGUGCAUUGCCCUUCAGAGCAAGUCUUCAGCAGGGUAUGGUCUUCUUUGUGAUUCAGGCUUUCUUAAGCUACCCCACCCGAGCACGCUGCAUUCAUACAGCCAUUUUGCCAGCCUCACUACAGGGUUUAAUGCCUCUAUGCUUGCCAGGAUUUAUCAGGACUGGCAUCUGGAGACGGUUCCUGAGUUCGAACGCAAUGUGUCUCUUCUAUUUGAUGAAAUGAAGGUGAAAGCAGGCUUGGCCUUCUCUGUGAGGUCUGGGAAAAUCAUGGGUUUCACUGAUUUGGGGAGUGUGGCCAACGAGAUUGCUGCUUUUGAAAGGAGGUGCAGAGGAGACGAGGAGCCAACCAUAGCAACUCAUGUCAUGGUUCUGAUGGUGAGGGGCAUUUUCAGUUCUUUACGUGCUCCAGUGGCGUAUUUCCCAACUACCGGCAUCACAGGCGACCAGUUGUACCCGUGCAUGUGGGAAGCUGUUUUGUGGUUAGAAACAGCUGGGCUGAAGGUUCGGGGUUUGGUGUCCGAUGGAGCCUCUCCAAAUAGGAAAUUCUAUCGGUUACACGGAGAGAGUUCUGAGACGAGUGUGCCAACGUAUUGCACUCCGAAUCCCUUUGACCCCACCCGGAAAAUCUUUUUCCUGUGCGAUGUUCCCCAUCUGCUGAAAACAACAAGGAACAACUUUGAGAAUUCGGGAUACAAUCGGCAGACAAGGACACUCUGCUACCAUAAGCAAGACAUCAAGUGGACGCAACUCCUUCAGUUGUAUGAGUGGGAUGUCGGCUUGGAUCGCCAUUCACCGGGUCUCCGUCGCCUGCACAAGAUAACCUAUGAACAUCUGCACCUAACUCCGUCCCUCAGAAUGCGGGUGUACAUGGCUGCACAGGUUAUGAGCUCCACGGUUGCCAACACUCUUGAUGCACAGACGAAGGCAGGCAAGGUUGGUCUGGAGUCCACCAUCAAAUUCAUCAGAUACAUUGAUGACUUCUUUGACUGCCUAAAUGUCUCCAAUGCCUACGAUUACGCUCGCCUCAGGAAGCCCAACUUGGAACCUUACAUCAGUGCUGAGGAUAAAAGAUUUGACUGGCUGAUGCACGACUUCCUUGGUUUCCUUGAUGAAUGGGAGGCUGAAGUCGAGUCACACCCAGCCCUGGAUAAGACAGCCAAGGCGAAGAUGAUCCUCAGCAAGGAAACUCUCAAGGGGAUGAGAAUAACAGUGCAUUCAUUUGUCGAGCUAGGGAGGCUGCUGCUCAAGCUUCCUGGUGUGACUUUUCUUCUAAGCGAGAAAUUUAAUCAGGAUCCUUUGGAGCAGUAUUUUAGCAAGCAGCGUGGCACAGGUGGCUGCAGCGAUAACCCGACCGUCGAGCAGUUUGGUCAUAACAUGCAGGCCCUGUAUGUUGCAUCCAGCUGCGUCAAAGCAUCGAAGAGAGGCAACUGCAAAGUACAGGGUGCAGAUGAAGUGGCUGCUCUUGAUAGCACACCUCUUCCUCGGAGAAAGUAAAGAAAGAAUGUAGUAUCCAGAUGCCACUUCAGCGGUUGUGUACAAAGUGUAUGGAGAGUUACGAAAAAAAUCGUGUAUUUCCUUACAAUAUUGGAAAGUUUUCUCGGCCCCAGAUUCAUGGCUUUUCAACAUUUUCUUAAUGACUAACCAUUAUUGAGAUGAUGUAUUAAGAAAAAAGUGGCGCCAGGUUGCAACAUUCUUUCCCAAAAUAAUGUUUUAUAUCAUGCAUGAUAUAAAGACCAAAUUUUUCUCACAUUUGGUAAAAAAAAUACAGUGCAAGGACUGCAGGAUUUAACAUCUGAUAUCGUCAAACUGAAACAUCAACGGUUUGAUGCUCAUUUCAAUUCUUUCGACUUUAACGUAUGCUUCCAAUCAGCCUAAAAUGUUCAGCUUUCUUGUGUAGUGUAUGCCAAUUAUGAUGAACCAAAAAAAUUGCCAUUCCUUAUUGAGUUUUUUUAGGAGUCAUAUCAUAAGUGGUUGCAGUAAACCUGUAAAAUAACUGACACGCAGAAUUUAAAUAAUUAAGAGGAUCCUUCAGUUCAUAUUCCUUUUCUUUUAAUGUGUCACUUUCUGUCACAGUUUGUACAGCAUGGAUUUAAUUUUCAUAAAUUGUUUCAUUGGCAUGGUUACUCUGCAAAACUAUACAUUUGUAAAUAUCGGUAAGAGUAACAUGGGAGUGUCAUCUGAGACUUGAGGGAUUGUACCAAGUCUGUCAUAUAAAUGAAUUCAAAGUAUUGUAAUACAUCAUACAUGUAGCUAUACAGUUUUCAUUCCCAUGUGUUAUCGCAGGGAUAAAGUGAUUAGAAUCUUGACAUUUCUUCUUGUACUACUGAUAGAAAGCGAACAUUCCAAAGGUUGAUUUAACAAAAUAGAGACAUUUACAAAUUAAAUGAUACCUUGCUGUUAGUGUUUGUUUAAUUCAGUGAGUUUGAAUGUUCAUGCACUAGUAUUGCGUGUAUCUCUGUUUGGGAAAAAGCAAUUACACGAUGGCCGCUGCAAUGAAAAGGAUCGAAAAUGUACAGAAGCACCAUUCAAAAUACAUUGUACAGAUGUAAUAAUAAUAAUAAUAAUGUGGGUAUUAAGUACAGGGAAUAUUAAAGGAGGAAAAAAUAUGUCACAUUGCAUCUACAAAGGCAUGUUUGCGAUCAAACCUUUAUUAGUAUACAUGUACAUGUAUUAAUGAUACAAUUACAUUAACAAUGAAUAUGUACAGCACUUGUACUUCGAUGCUGUCAGCUGUCAGCAUUGAAAUGUUAUUGCAUAUCUGUAAAACUUUCGAGUAUCGCUACUUGUACAUCAAAUUCCCUUUAAUACUAAAUGAUAACAAAAAGCUACUUAGAAUAUAGUAAUGCAUAUUGUGAACUGGUGUAUCAGCUUGUUGGGUGGCAUGCUUACAAUUACAAUUUUGAGAUAUGGAAUCCAGACACUUGAUUUACUUGCAAAGUACGAUGUACAUGUAUCAGAAUUUACAGAUCCUUACGCAGAGCUUUUUCUGCUUUUUUCCCAACAUUUCCAUGUGUUGCUUUCUUCAAGUUUAAAUACACAUUGAUGAAAGCUUUUGCUCUGAUUUUUAUCCACUUCUUCACAGUCAUGUUCAGUAAGUUUGUUGAAGUGUCCCCUGUUAUCUUUCCUUGUGUUAGACUACACCAGUAGGUUUGUACUCGAUGACUACCUUUAAUAUUGUUCAAAAGCGUGCUCUGAAUAUCACAUCCUUGAAAUGUUUUUAGAUUAUUCUUGGUCAAAUACUUGCAUGUCUCCUGCUCCAUGGCUCGGAACAAUAAAUAUACCCCAUCAGAGACACGAAA